ACACAAUAUUAGACCAAAUUCAUGCCAUAAGCUUCAAGGAAACAGAAAAAAAAUGAAGGCAUCUUCCUUUUCCAUUACCUUCUUCCUUGCCCUACAGGCCUUGUCAGUCUUAAAGGUGAAUUCUCAAGGGACAGAUUCCUGCAAUUCCAACCUAAACCUUAAUCUACCCUUUAAUACUUCUUCUCUUAACUGCCUUUCUGUGUGGAGCCGACAUGAUUUCAUCCUCAGAUACGUCCAGACCUCGUCGAACGUUUGGAGCUUCGUUCUAUCGGCGCCCGAUACGAAUUCCUUCGUCGGAAUGGGGUUUUCGAGCGACGGACAGAUGGUGGGAUCAAGCGCAGUGGUUGGUUGGAUUUCAGCCGACGGCACCGGGACCAUGAAACAAUACUUUCUCGGAGGACAGCGCCCGAAUUUAGUGAUCCCUGAUGAAGGGAACUUGACGAUCGUAGAGAAUUCCACGUCCAUCACUUCACAAUCUUCGCGCGUAUACAUGGCGUUCCAGUUGAGCAGCAGUCAACCGCGGUCCCGGGUGUUGUACUCCGUCGGGCAGAUUGGAGUGAUCCCAUCGUCGCCGGGCUUUGCUUUGGCUGAACACCGUGACAAAGUCUCCACUCGCUUGAAUUAUGUUACAGGUACAACGAGUGCAACAAGCAGCCCACAUUCGAGACUGAGGAAGAGCCACGGAAUACUAAACAUGGUGAGUUGGGGUAUUCUGAUGUUAAUCGGAGCAAUAGUUGGUCGUUACUUCAGGCAAUGGGAUCCACUCUGGUUUUACGCUCACUUACUCAUUCAGUCCUGCUCCUUCCUCCUCGGAAUCUCCGGUAUCAUUACCGGAUUCAUUUUGGAAGACCGUCUGAGUGUCGAUGUCGACACCCACAAAGCUCUAGGGAUCUUCAUUCUUGUGCUCGGAUGCCUCCAGGUAAUGGCAGUAUUUGCAAGGCCAGGGAAGGAAUCAAAGCUGCGUAAAUACUGGAAUUGGUACCAUCACAAUGGGGGCAGGAUUCUGAUGGGAUUUGCCAUUGCGAAUGUGUUCUAUGGGAUUCAUUUGGGAGGCGAAGGUACAGCAUGGAAUGCUAGCUACGCUGUUGUUAUUUCUAUCUUAUUUUUGGUUUCUCUUGUUCUAGAGUUUAAUUUGUGGAGGAAAAAUUGAUGUCUUGUAUUUGUACUUAACUUCACCUCUACUACUCUUUUAUUUUAUU